AUGACACUAGAAGAGGCCAAUGAGCUCGAGCGGCUCCGAAUGGACCGUCACUCCCACGGCUGCUCCAGCACCAAGGAGAAGGAAAUAGCCAACGGGCAUGAAAAUGAAGACACUGGAGGCUCCAAGCGUCGCACGUGGGUGCUGUUCAGCAUCAUGGGCGGGCUCAUCUACGGCUACAACGUCAGCCUCGCGGCCACGUUGCAGUACAUGAGCGACGCUUUGGCUCUGUCUUCGACUCAGGAGGAAGCUUUGAGUGCUUCAGCGACGCUCAGUGACGCUAUUUCGAUGCUAGUCGGUGGCUUUCUGGCUGACCGCUUCGGUCGCAAAGCAACGGCUAUGUUUGCCUGCUCGUGCUCUAUUAUUGGGGCUCUCUUGGCUGGGGCUGCCAGCUUCAGCUUUUCAUGGCUCGUGCUGUGGCGGCUGUGCUCGGGAGUGGGCAAUGGCUUGUCAAUCUUGCUCAUCCCCAUGUACAUUAGCGAGUGUGUGGAUGCUGCGAGUCGAGGCUUGUAUCUCACGCUUUUUCAACUAGGAGUGAACUCAGGGGUAGCUGUGCCAUAUCUUUUUAUGAUCGUCGUAAGCGAAAGUUGGAGAGCUUGUUUGGCCUUUGGCAGCUUGCCGGCGCUGUAUGUGCUCUACAACUUCCAUUUCCACUUCCCGGAGAGCAUCAAAUGGCUCCAUUGGAAGGAGGACUGGACAAAUUUGGAAGGCAGAGAAGCGGACGUUUUGGAGAAGAAGGCCAUCGACACUGCUGGGACGACGACUGCUGAUACCAGGAAGGGCUUGACAAUUGGGUGCUACCAAUGCCCCUACGAGCAGGAUACUACUUCUUUGUUGUCAUCGCCUCCGUCGCGAAAUCAGCACCUUGAGCUUAUGAUUGGCAUCUUGCUGGCUUACGUGAACAAUUGCGUCGAUGCGUCUCUCUUCUACGGGCCGGAAAUCAUCGCCAGGUCAAGUCCUACUUACUCGCACAGAGACGCGAACAUAUUCGGCCUCCAGUGUUCUCUUGUGGCCGUCACGUCCGUGCUUUUUUGCGGUCGAUUUGUAAUCGCGAGGUUCUCUCGACGGCAGGUGUAUUUGUUCUGCCUCGCUGUCGUCUGCAGUUGUUUCAUGGUAAGCGCUGGUAUUUUUGCGUCUUACUCCAGCGACGAUUUUGCUCGCGACUCAGCGGCCUCGAGGUGCAUCAUAAUCACCUUCGCCGUGCUCAACGUGUUUGCUGCCGUCGGUCCGAACACUCUCUUUGUCGUCAUCCUGAGCGAACUAUUUCAAGACAGCAGCUACCGUGCGCGAUACAUGAGCUACUGCACUUUCUCCAUGUCGCUCAUCUCGCUGCUCGUCAACGGCUCCAUGUUGACUUUGUUCGAGGCUUUUGGUAAGGCGGCUACCUUCCUUGCCUACGGGGCCACGUACGUGGCGUGCCUGGUUUUCGUCGGUGCGUAUCUUCCGGAGACAAAGCAGCGCCAGCUCGUGUGA